AUGACUGCACGAGUGUGUACGAUCGCGAGCAACGAGUCUGUCGACGGCGGAGGGCAUCAUGGGAAACAUUCAACCGCUCCUCCGGCCCGCGGCGCUCUCCACUCUACAACAGUCACCCUCAUCGCACAGGCCCAUCAUCUUGUCCGUCUCUUCACCCACCGCUAUCCCCAGCAUCCUCUCCCCUCUCCAGCAACCUCGAGCAGAUCGACGACAAUCGUCUUUGACUCACCAAUCGCGAGCGCAGGUACCGGACAUCCACCGAACAUUCCCGUUUGGUUACUCAGCUUCGCUAUCGUAACUUGUGAGGUAGCAUGCUGCCCAUCCACUGCGCGCUGCCCCGUCGCUGACACUCGUUCCAUCGGCGCAUGGCCUUGCACUGCGCAGAAAGCCUACAAGCUUUCAAUCUAA